CCGCCCGCCCCGCGCGCUGCUCACAGGCGCCGCGUCGCCUGCCUCAUGCCGCCGCCACCGGCCUCUCUCCCGGGCUCCCAGGCGCGGCGCUCGCGCCGGGCCUCGCGCCUCCUCCGAAUUCCUCCUCGGGCAGCGACCGCAAACACGAUCUUAUUAUUGUUCUCGCGCGCGCUCAGCAUCCCCCCCGCCCCGCUUCCCGCUCCCCUCCCCUCCCGCGCCGGCCGGUUAAUUCCUAGGUGCACGGCCGGUUUUCGCGGAGAAACCGAGCGCGCCAGCCCGGCUGCUCGGCGGGCGGGCGGGCGGGCGAUGGGUGCGUCCUCCCCCAGGAACGAAGCCCGCGACGGGCGGGAGAGCCUACUCCGAGGACGCCCGCCGCUUGCUCUCUUUUGUUCUUGGCCGGGAGCUGCCUGCCUCAGCCCAGCCAAUCACCACCCGGCCGCCCCCCACCCCGCCCGGCCGCGCCACCUUGGGGGGCGCUCCCACCGCGCGCCCCACGCCCACCUCCCGCCAACUCGACCCCCGGCCCCGGCGCCCCCCGGGCCGGCCAGCUCUGCGGUGCUCUCUGGGCCUGAAGCCUUGGAACAAGCUGAGCACGGACCACUCUUCUACUCUGAGCUUCCUAACAGGCUGUUUUCAAAGACAUUUUGGGAGAGAGACGCCGCCCAACACCCUCUUCGUUUCAGAGGAGUAAAUAAAAUGACGCAAAAAAGUCUUAGAGUCUGGCUGCAUCAACCUCCAGCCUGCUUUAAGAGGUCAGCAGGCCGGCCCCUGAGCGCAGCCGACUUCCUGUGGCCUGCACCCUGGCCCAAGGAUAGUCUGGGCCGGCUCUCCCAUCCCUGUCUGCUCUCCCUUUUGCAGGAGCUACACUCUUUUCCCAGCACCGCCUGCCUCUGUUGCGUUGGAGAAUCGUGUGUGUGGUUGUGUGUGUGUGUGUGUGUGUGGUUGUGUGUUUUAACUCUGGUCUUGUUCCUUAGUGCUGGACUUCCGAAACUGGGGGGCUGCAAAGUUUCAAGACCCCUUCCUCACCUACUCGGCAGGUUCACCUCUUUCUCUUUUCCCACUGGGAAAGGCUGAUCUAAGUCCUUUCGCUGUACUAGUUGUCCACUGAGCUGUCUCUCUGUUCUGGUGUCUGCUGUGUGCAGCUGGCAUGUCAGGAUCCACGCAGGAGCCCGUGGAAUGGUUCCUGGGUCCUCUGUGUCAAAGCCAAAUCCCUCUGAUUACCUGCCGGAGCGGCCAGCUGUCCAAAGCCAGUUCCACCCAACCUGUGUGGGCACAGGUGGGUACCAGGGAGAGGAGAGAAACGAGAGGAAAUUUUGGAAGGCACAGUAGAGACAUGAUUAUCAGAUAGAUUAUCCUGGCGGCCAGUGCAGAGCUGGAUUCGAGGGUAAGAGACUGGAGGUGAGAUCCUGGCUGAGGGGCUGUCACGAGGAGAGAGAAGACAGGGCCAAGACAGAGCGUCCGACUUGUUGAGUGGCAGGUAGGACGGAAGAACGAGAGAUCAAAAAUGAGUCCCUGGUUUCUGACUUAAGCAGUAGGAUGACUAGUUUGACCCUCAGCAAAGUGAGGGAAUUCAUAAAGAGUGGGCAAGAUCUGAAACAAGUUCUUGAGUGGUUUUGGAUAUGUUGAGAUUUCCGUGGGCAUCCAGAGAGAUGUCUAGUGUUCAGCUGAAUAAUGUAGUUUAGAGAAAGCGAUAAAGGCGGAACAUAGGGAUUGGAGUCAUACCAAAACACAAGUGGUGGUUGAAACUUUGGUGGAGGUUGCCGGGGAGGUUGUACAGAAAGAGAAAAGGCAGUGCCCAGAUUUGGAGCCAGGUAGCACCAGUGUUUAACAGUCAGGCAGAAUAGUAUAGCAUUUCUUGAAGGAAGGAAGUGCACAGAUAUGUGUGUAUAUAUAUAUAUAUAUAUACACACACACACACAUAUACACACACACACACACACCCCGCAGGGAGGUUAAGACAGGUAUGGAAGGAAAUGGGUCCAUUGACUGUGACGGCUGAGAAGUCAUUGGAAUCUUUCACUGAAUGGUAGUAGGAAGAAGCUGGAGGGAGAACAGAGGCUUGAGAUGUGAGUGCAGAAUGCAAUGUGGCUGCAGGAAGUACACACAACUCAUUGCUAGCUGUGGAGAGGGGUAGCGAGAAAGUGUAGGGGGAGAGUUGGUCCAUUGUGGCUGUUUGGGGGGUGGGGGGAGUUGGUCCGUUGUGGCUGUUUGACUGGUUUUUAAAGGGAGCAGAACUUUGCAUUUGUAAUGAGAACAAGCAGGCCAUAAAGUGGUUGAAGACGGAGGCCAAAGUGGGUGAUGGAUGGAGUCUGGUUAUUUUGAAAAGGGGCAAAUGUCUCCCAGUCUUGGUUUUGGUUUCAUGUUUUCAGUUGAGUCUGACUGCUCAGCCCAUAUCACUUGUGGGACUCCCAUGCUUAACCACGCCAGACUUAAUAACACACCAGGUGGGCUCCCCGCAUGGGCUCCUUCCGGCUGGGCAUCAGGAGUGUCCUAAUGUCCCUGGCUGAGAGCCUGCCUGACAUUGCAGCCAGGUUGGAUGCAGACCACCUUGUCGACACGUGGCUGCGGGGGAUAAAGCACUGUCCUGAGCUUUCACACAGGUUCCCUGCGUUAUGCUGUGGCCAUUCCAAGCAGUGCUCUAUUCAAAUAUUUAACAGGUCAUAUGCAACCCUCUAGAGAUAUCAUUUAGGACCAUUAAAGAGCUUGAUAUAUUUUAUUUUAGUCUUCUGCUACUUGGGAGAAAAUCCAUUCACAAAUGGUGAUAAUAUCAACUCGAUCUGAUCCCUUUUGAUUUCAACAUCCUCAAAUCCUUGUGGGCUGAGACUUUACCUUGCCCUUGGCUUCUUGCCAUCCUCUCCUCACUCAUACACAUCCACCUGUUUUAGUGGACUUGGGUUCUGGGUUUUUUUUGUUUGUUUGUUUUGUUUUUUUUACAGGCAGAGUAGACAGUGAGAGAGAGAGAGACAGAGAGAAAGGUCUUCCUUUUCCGUUGGUUCACCCCCCAAUGGCAGCUGCGGCCAGCGUAAUGUGCUGAUCCGAAGCCAGGAGCCAGGUGCUUCUCCUGGUCUCCCAUGCAGGUGCAGGGCCCAAGCACUUGGGCCAUCCUCCACUGCACUCCCGGGCCACAGCAGAGAGCUGGACUGGAAGAGGAGCAACCGGACAGAAUCUGGCGCCCCAACCGGGACUAGAACCCGGGGUGCUGGCACUGGAGGCAGAGGAUUAGCCUAUUGAGCCGUGGCGCCGGCCUUGGGUUCUGUUUUAACCUUUCUCUUUCAUAUCUUGACUCAGCUUCCUAAUACAAUGCCUAAUAAAACCAGUUCCCUCAAAUUCUGCCCCCAGAUCCACCCAUUCCAUAACGCUGCAGCUGCCUGAAUCUGUCACUGCCCCUUGUGCAUGGAAUGAUGGUUAUAAAGAAUGUGCCUGGCGCACAGUAAGUGCUCAUUAAAUAUCAGUUGAUACUAUUACCUUUGUCAUGUUGCUAUCAUAAGAUAAAAAAAUGAGGAAAGGAAGUCAGGAAAAGUUGGUAUUAAUCUAACACACACACAGACACACGCACACACACACACAACACACACACACACUCACACACACACACACACACACCCCAUGGUGGAAGAGAGCUCCCUGGCCCUUACAUCAGAGUCCAUGUCCACUUGUUCCACUCGACUUCUCUCUCAUGUCCUCUGGCCCAAUCCCAGGGGGACUGAUCUCACAUUCCUUGAAAAAAAAAAAAAGGCUGUUAAGGUACUGACACCCCCUUGAGAGACAAAAGAA